AUCUUAAAGUUUAACGUUUAACUUUCGUUUUAUACUGUCGACGACAAGCACACAAAUAUGGAGCCUGCCUCUUAGUUAUUCGACUCUUCCCAGAGACGGCCCACUCUGCUUCAGUCCCCGUUUCGUCUACGCCUCGCUUUCGUUUUCAUCGCAGCAGCUUCCAAUUCUCAAACUGCCGGCUUCUGCCCGCGAUAAUCGCGUAGAUCCUUUAUUCCGCCAGAGCACUGUCACAAGUGUGCAUCUCUGUUUCUGUUCGUUUUUUGCUCAUCCGUUCAAGCUACCAGGGCUCUCAGUUGUCGUGCCAAGCUGGGAAAUAAAGACCUUUCAAGAUGAGAUCUUUCGCGGUUCCUUGUGCGCGUUGCGGGGGGGCGACGCUCUCAAGAGGAUUCCGUCCAUUGUCACUGGCAAAGAGUGGGAAUGUGCGGCCGACUUUGACUUCCGCGAUGCUUUGCAGCCAGUCCUACGAGGUGACGACUAGACAGACUUCCUUGCGGGUUUUUCCUCGGUUUGUUAGUGACCUUCCUGGGGGUCCCUCUGCAAGUUCUUCGACCGAAAGGCUGUUUUUUUCGGGAAAGAGGGUGUCCACGCCUGCAGAUUCAAAGACUCGCGAGCCCGGCGCCUACCCACAUUCGUCAGAGUCCCCAACAAACUGUCCGUUCUCGCCGCAAAGACAGGCCUUUUCUUCUUUUUCUUCCCUCCGAAACAAUCGCUGUACAGUGUCCAGUUCCCCUGUGAUAUUCGAGCGUCGCUGUCCGCCUUUGACCGCCUCGGCGUCCAUGCUGUCUCGGCACCUCUCCGCUCGCCUGCAGCAUUCUCAGCACUCGCCCUCGCAUCAUUCCACUACGGGUGCAGACGCCAGGCAGACAGCUGGUUCGACUGUGUCUUUCGGUUAUCGGCAGGUGCCGAAGGCGCAAAAACAGCAAAUGGUCGCUUCCGUGUUUUCGUCUGUCGCGGAGCGGUAUGACUUGAUGAACGAUUUAAUGAGCAUGGGCCUGCACCGGUGCUGGAAGGACGCAUUCGUGGACCUCGUGCAGUUUCCUGCUUUACUGCCUGUCGCGUCGCCUUCUGCAGGGGGAGCGGACUCCAGACGCUUUCGAAUCCUCGAUUUAGCCGGCGGAACAGGGGACAUUGCUUUUCGUUUCGUCGAGAAGGCCGAGGCUCAGUGGAAGCAACAGCAGGCGAUUCGCCGCAAGCGACAGGCGUGUACGAGUGCGUUGGAGAAAGAUUUUCAAGGGCAUUCGAAUGCGGGUGGAAUGCGUACGGAGGUUCAGACGAGCCCAGCUGCCUUUGCUGGAGUAGACGUGACCGUGUGUGACAUCAACGCAGACAUGCUUCGGGUGGGACAGCAACGAGCCAUCGAGCGCGGCCUUCCCGUAUGGCCAAUUGUCCACUCGCACCAGGAAGUGGAGACGCAACUCGCGAAGCAGAGACUUCAAGAAGCGACGGAAAGAACACAGCUAGGAGGGUUUGACGGAAAGAGGACUGGCGCCGAAAGCGAGAGGGGCUACGGGGCAGACAGCGGCGACACUCCCUUGCUGCUGCAGUGGGUGUGCGGCAAUGGGGAGCAGCUGCCCUUUGGUGACGAGAGCUUUGACGUCGUGACGAUUGCUUUCGGCAUUCGAAAUUUCACGGAUGUGAAGAAAGGCUUGAGGGAAGCCGCCCGCGUUCUCCGACCAGGAGGCAGGUUUCUCUGUCUAGAGUUCAGCCGCGUCGAAAAUCCCACACUGGCUGCCCUUUAUGACAUUUUCUCGUUCAAUGCGCUCCCUCUGAUGGGAAGCCUCGUCGCGGGGGAUCGUGACGCGUAUCAGUACCUAGUGGAGAGCAUUAGGAAAUUUCCACCCCAAGAAGAAUUCGCAGCCAUGAUGGCUGACGCAGGCUUCCACCAUGUUGCCUUCUCGAAUCUUACCUUCGGGACCGUUGCCAUACACUCAGGGUUCAAGUUAGGAAACCUGUAGGAACUGUAGGAACGGAAUGUGUUACUGAGUUGCGGGGGUAACAAGGACAGUUCUGCAACAUUCGGAGAACGCGGAAGACUGUGCAGCGAAUUAUGUGGGAGGAGAGUGAACUGUUGUUCGAAACGUGCAGGUGCAAACUUUUUUCAGUUUUUCAGUGGUAAAGUCACACAGCGGUUCCUGAUGUGGAGAUGCCAGGUGCGUUUCUGAGCCGUACUGGACUUGAUUUUUCUCCACGGCCUUUCCAGCCACCUUUGCGCUUCGCAGCCACUGCAUGAGCACCCACAAUAGAUAUAAUCCUCGCAUCUGAGAACAUGAACUUUUUCACUACAUGCCUGCAUAGGGGCUAAAACUCUC